AUCAAAGACACCGACCUUGGUAGAUUGAUAUUAUUUCAUUUACCGCGAAUAUUCCAACUAAACAAGUAACCAUCAUCUCAAUCAAUACCAUUCAAUAAAAUCGUUAAUCGCCCACCGGAAAUAACCCAUUCUUUCCUUUCAUUCCUUUCUUCUCGAUGGCUUGAAUAACCCUACGUAAGUACGAACUAGGUUGGCCGCUAAUUCCCGCAUAGCAUCGCCAGCCAUUAGAUUUGAUUUGACUAAUCUAGCCCAUUUUGUAGUCGCGUAAGCAGCACACGCUUUAAGUGCCUUUGGUCUUUAAAACAACAAAUCGACGGAGGUGGUCAGAGUGUAGAAAAUGUAUGGUGCAGUUGUUUCCGUUGUCGUGGUUUUUGUUGUCGUUUUGACAGAGUGUUACUAUUUCGAAGAUAACACCAGGCCGAGGUAUUUGACAGCUGCAGUGGGUGAUUCGGUGGUGUUUAAUUGUGAGAUAGAUUUUCCGCAGAGUUUUCCGAUACCCUACAGGCUGUAUUGGAAGAGGAAGGGGAAAGUGAUAUACUCCUGGCAAGAUGGCCAAGUCACCGAAGCAGACGAGUAUGUUGGAAGAAUAGCCUUAGUCACCAAAACCCCUCACCGCACGUACGGAAUGGGUUCUAUCAAUCUCACGUCUGUCAGGGAAUCAGAUGCUGGAUGGUUCGAGUGCAGAACCCUAUUUCCUAACCGGACGCCAGCGUGGAGGAACAACGGGACGUGGUUCCACCUCACAGUCAGUGGUGGAAAUCUUCUGGCAAUUCCUCCUCUCAACAAGACUGUUUUGGAAGGCGAAGAAGUCGAGUUUACUUGCCUGACCAAAGACUUCGAGAUACGAGUCAAAUGGUUUAAAGAUGGAAUCUCACUGACGGAGUACCAUGAUUUAAUCAAUAGGUCUUGGGUGACCAAAGACAACUCUCUAAUGAUCCGUCCAACAGAUUCAGGAGACACCGGCGAAUACGAAUGCGAGGCGUCCAACGCCGAAGGAGAGAGGCAGACUGCUAGGGCGUACCUUAAUGUACAGUAUAAAGCCAAAGUAGUAUACGCCCCUCCAGAAAUUCACCUACCAUUUGGACGCCCCGCCCUGCUCGACUGCCACUAUAGAGCAAAUCCACCCCUCACCAACCUCAGGUGGGACAAAGAUGGGUUUCUGUUCGACCCCUACAAUAUCCAAGGUGUGUUUUACAGGAGAAAUGGAAGUUUGUAUAUCAACAAAGUUGACGAAUCCCAUAAUGGAAUCUACACUUGCACCCCUUAUAAUGACUUAGGUUCUGCCGGAGCGUCCACAAAUAUGCACGUUAUAGUCCAGAAGCCGCCAAUUUUUGUCAAGACUCCUCAUAACUUGUAUUUACGGAAGCUGGGAGAGAGUGUAGAGAUGACUUGUGAUGCUACUGAUGGGGAAGAUGGACAUAAGCCACUUAUUGUGUGGUAUAAGAAAGAUGGUACGACUAUGCCGGUAGGCCGCUACUUUAUCAAAGAAGGAAAUUUAACCAUAGUGGAGAUCCAAACACAAGACAGAGGAAUAUACCAAUGCUCUGCUACCAACAAGGCGGCUACGAUAUCGGUGGAAACGGAACUGCUAGUGGAGAAUGUCCCUUCUAGUGCUCCUUAUAACGUUUCCGCUACCUCAUCUGCUAAUUCAGUACAUAUAACGUGGCUUAUUAGUAGGCAUAGAACUAAUGUAGACUUCAGCGUUUGGUACAAAACCAGAGAAAGUACCGAGUGGAAAACUUAUGCAGUACCUAGCACGAAGAGUAUGGAAGCAACUAUCACCAACUUAAAUCCAGGAACAGCUUACGAAAUGAUGGUCCUCUGCAAAGAUGACAACGGUGAUGGUUUUUUCAGCAAAUCCAUAUUAGUAUGGACGAAAGACUUAGAGAUUGAGCCAGAAACGAGUCUAAAAUCCAAGUAUCCCCCAGUGGGAUUCCCCCGGAAUGUGACAGUUCAUCCGACUGAUGACGGUCUAUUGGUCAAAUGGUUAAAACCUGAAUAUGGUCUUGAAUUUCUUAAAUGGUAUAUAGUGAGAUGGACUAAAGACAAUGAUGAAUACUUCUUUGGAUCUGGUGAUACUACCAACACAUCAUUUUUGAUAACGAGCCUCGCAGAGGGUACCGAAUACGACAUCCAGGUAGUCGCCCUAUCCAUCGACGACCAACAAUCAGUGAGCGGUAAGGUAAAGGGUACAUUUCCGGGAUUUAAAAGCCUACGGGCAGUAGCCACUGGAAUCAUUGCAGGCUUGGCGUUUCUGGUAGUAGCCUUCAUCGCUGUGUUUUACAUCAAGAAGAAGUGGUUCAGGGCGUAUCCACAAACCUCCGUUAAAACUUAAUCCGUAGUUGAUUGGUGUAGCUUUUGUAAAAUUAGGUUACAUUGUUGAAAAUUGUUCGCCACCGAAAAUAGUUCGAAGAAUUAAUAUAAUACACAGUAAUUAAUGCAAGAACACAAAAAAUAAUUGUGUUCUUACCUUUAUGAAUAUUUUUAAUAUUAUAUGUGGAUAUACUUGCUUCAUUCUCUCACAUUAUUCGCUCCGUGCGUGACCAUGGUAGGGGUACAUUGAAACGACGCCAGCGUGCAUAGCGGCGAAAUAUGACAAAAUUGGAAUAUUGGACAAAAUAUUUUUACGCAUAAAUUUUAUCAAAAAUGUGUGCAAAUACAUGUUGCGUAUUUAAUUGUGCUAAUAAUAGCAAAAACAGUGAGUGUAGUUUUUAUAGGUUCCCAAAGAUUACAUAUAAAUUAGAGAAAAGAAAAAGAUAAAUUCCUGCUAUUAAUAUGAAAAAGUAAAUAUCACAUAAUUUCAUUUUUACGCAAUUGAAAUAGGAAAAAUUUAAAUAAUUUACCUUGAAUGAUA